CAUUUAAAUGCUUUUUUUUUAUAAGCCACCUAUCGAGACAAUUUGGAUUUAAAAAUACAAAAAAGAUUUCCUAAACCCGGCUUGAUUGCAGACCUACUAUAUGCUAGAUCCCUAUCUUGAGUAAGUUUUCCUAGCAAGAAAGAUACAUCUACCGGUAGUUCAAGUAUGGUAUUUUUAUGGAAUUUUUGUUUAGCUCUUUUUUACGUUUGAGAUACGUGGACUUCGAUAUUUGGAGAAUUAUACGUCAGUCUCCAAAUCGACCAGGGCACCCCCUUCAAUAUUUAUAAUCUUACAGAGAAGCAUUACUAAAAAUUAGUAUAUGUUUGUGAAAUUCUGUGAAAAACUAUUCAUCGAGUUUCAUUUCAAUUUUUUUAAGAAGUUGAUUUAUUAUUUUUUGUAGAUGGUUGUAAUUUUUCAUAUUUCAUUGUUCAAUGUUUUGAACUACCAAAACUGUGUAAAGAAGAACAACGAUUUCCUCCGAAAAACAACGGUUAUUUAGGAUUUUUUAUUUGUUUGCGUUUUCAUAGAAUAUUGCAAAAUUAUUUUCAUCAGGAAGAUCUCAAUCUAAGUUGGGCAAUCUUCACGAGCACUAAUCAUCUGAGAAUUUACCACAAGUAACGUGAAGAGAACUCCUACAGAGAAAUCCUGCAUGCAGACAAAUGGACCAGAUUUUAGACACGGAAUGUUUAUAGAAAAUGUUAAUGUUUCCAGAGAAUCUCACCUCAAUCUUCACUGUGGUACUUAUAGUGAUUAAUUUUUGUACGGCUCUUAGGAAAUGUAAUGUGGGAGAGUCACUGUUCGAUGAGGGAUAACUUUGGAUCAUCUUGUUCUCAAGUUGAACGCAUAAUGAGUAUGAUACAAAAUAUUCCCGGCGUUUACGGAGCCAGAAUUGUCGGCCGAGAUUUUGGCACCAUUGUUCUUGUCUUGGUACACAGGCACGCUGUAAAAACGAUGGUGAAUGCUUUGCGCAGUGGUGACCAAUGUCAAGAGUAUCAAGUUGUAAAACCGUCGUCCGGUUCCGGAAUUUUAUACGCAGACACAAACGAGCAGCUUUUGCCAAUCGUAAGCAACAAGAAGCGACUCAGAAAAUCUCAUAGAAACAAUUUAUUUGUAGGUGAUUAUAAUGAUUAUCACCAACAGUAUGAUACUAUUUACGGUAUCAGAGAUAAGAAAACUUUUACACCUGUGAAAGAAACUUACACAAAAUAUUAAUAUCAAAUGUGGUUGAAACAAAAUUUUCGUCGCAUGAUAUUUUUGUGCCAAAAUUACCUGUUCCAACAAAUACAGAUAUCAUAACAGGUAAAAAUAGAACACGACGUAAUCUGUAUACAUGUUAGUUUAUUUGUAUUUGAUUACCUAUAAAAGUAUACAUUUUAUAGGCAUACGAUACAAUAAAAACAAUGUCAAUAGUGAUAUUUGACUAGAAAUUGUAAAAAAAUUUUUGUAAAUAAACAACGUGAUUAAAA